GGAUCAUUAAACAAUAUGGCUGCCCCCUGGCGCGUAAUUUGUAUUUUUUAGAGUUUGCGAUUAUACCAACUUGGCAUAUCCACAUACAGUAUUUACAAGAUGCAGAGUCUCGUGCUGGAGAAUUUAAAUUUCAAGAAGGUCUAUGAAAGGCUAGAGAAGAGAGAAGAUCUGAGUGUCAAAUACUUGGAUUUUCAACUUGAGGUGGUGUCUUGGGACGAGGUGCCAAGUUCAAAGUUCAUCCCAAGUUCAGUAAAAGUUCAUGAUAAGUUUGUAUUGGCUUAUAAACAAACCACACUCGAGAAAAGUGAAGAAAGUGUUUUAGAUGACUCAGAUAGUAAUAUUGAUGAGAUGUGCAAUGGAAAUAGUGUUCUGGAUGAUUCUAAAGAGGAGUUGAAUCUGCAUCCUCCUGUCAGCAUGGGACAAGCAAGGAGUCUUUUGUCAUUAUUUUGCUUGUGGAAAGAUGAAUUAACCUGCCCUACGACCCCUAUGUGGGUUAUGUGUGACGGCAAACCCCCUGAGCAUGUUUUCCUUAUGGGUUGCUCGUGGCUGAAGAAUGAAGCACGGAAAAACAUUAUUAAUACUUACACUAUAUCAUGCCAAGGUCCUUAUCACAGCAAAAUUGCAAUCCCAAGUGUACAGCAACUCAGAGAGGAAUUCAGCCAAUCAGGAAUCUUUAAUGCAGAACUAUGGCAUGAUUCCAAAUUUAACCUUCUGCAAAUCAGAAUCUUUUUGUCAUAA